UGGGUCUUUUCGCAAUACAUUUCUAUGUCCACCACAGUCUUUCAUAAAACUCCUUUUAUUUGAAAUAUGAAAGUUUGACUUCAUCUUUUUGGUCUUUACCUACAAAAUUUCAUUUUUAUGGAAUUAUCCCUUUUUUAUAUAUUUUUUCGUUGAAUGGAAUAAGAGGAGUGUUUUAUAAUUUUUUUUUUUUUUUUUUUUUUACCAAUAUACACUCAUUAUUAUUAGUAUUUUGACUGUGUGAGAGAAUUUCAAUAGCCGAUAUUGUAAAUAAUUGAAGAAAAUUAAUAUUAUAUAUUCAUAGGAUAGUUUUUUUUUUUUUUUUUUUUUCUCUCUCUCAUAUUUUAUCCUCGAUUUUAGACUAUAAAAACAUGGCAUCCCUACUUUUAAUUAUUUAUUUAUUUAUCUUUUUUUUUCUUUCUUUUUCAUUUAUUCCGUCCCGGUCAUAUAACGAAUGCAAUUAGUCUGAUAGGUCAUAAAUGUUGAUAACUUAUGAGUACUGAAAUUUUGUUUUUAGUUUGAUAAACCAAAGAUUAAACUGAUGCAAUUGGGUAGACACAACAAAAUAAAAAAUAAUAAUAAUUUCUGAAAAAAGAAAUGUAUUUGGGUAAUUUCGUCAUUUUGAGAUUUUUGGUCAAUACUCGAAACCAAAAGGCCCCCAAACCCUAUUCAGUGAUCUCUGAAUCGUUUUGUUGUUCUUCCGCACAGGAGCGACCGUAAUCGAGGAACUUUGAGUCCUUGCAGCAAUCUGCAUUUGCCAGGAUGGUGAGGGUCAGUGUCUUGAAUGAUGCUCUAAAGAGCAUGUACAAUGUGGAGAAGCGGGGAAAGCGACAGGUUAUGGUUGAACUGAAUGGAAGGUUGAACAAGUGUGGGGUCAUUAGCCCACGCUUUGAUGCUGGUGUCAAGGAGAUUGAACCCUGGACCACUAGGCUGCUUCCCUCAAGACAGUUUGGAUACAUUGUGCUGACAACCUCUGCCGGCAUCAUGGACCAUGAAGAGGCUAGGAGGAAGAACGUGGGUGGCAAAGUUCUUGGCUUCUUUUAUUAGUAAGCUUUUACAUGAUCGAUCCGUAAUUAUUGCAUAUUAUUAUGCAGAAUCAAGUACCUGAACGACAUCUCUAUGUUUCUGUAGGACAAUUUCAGUUUUGUUAGGAAUUAAUUUCUUUCUUAAUUGAAGACCCUUUUUGCAUACAGUUAAUUGUGUACCUGAACGACAUCUCUAUGUUUCUGUAGGACAAUUUCAGUUUUGUUAGGAAUUAAUUUCUUUCUUAAUUGAAGACCCUUUUUGCAUACAGUUAAUUGUUUAAUGGCUGGAAUUAAUUUUUUUCUUAAUUCAAGACCCU